AUGAUCUUCAGACCACUCAUCACGGCCUUUGUGGCCAGUGCCAUGCUGUCAAAUGUUCUUGCCUUCCCUGCCUUCCCGCCAGCAACGGGUCUUGGCUCCAUCGGCAAGCGAGACACCGAAACGAAGCUCUAUCCCAAGAACGUUAUGGAAGCGAUGCGCAAGCGCUUUCAGGCUGCGAUUGACGCACAGGCAAAGGACGUGGCUUCCAAGUAUCCUGUUGAGCAUCUUGGCAAUGUCACAGACGAGUCUCUGUGGGACUACUUUCAUGAGCACGGCGUCAUGCCACAGCCCAUUCGAGGCAAGACCGGAGCGACUUCGGCGGGGCCCGAAUGGACUGAGGGCAACCGUGAGAACCCGGAUUCUUACGCGCCGCCCAACUCCGAUCACGGGUCUGUGCCUCAAGCAAAGUGGCCUUUUGCACUGAGCCAUAAUCGUCUUCAAAAUGGAGGCUGGGCAAGACAGUCCAACAUCGAUGUUCUUCCUGUAUCGACCGAAAUUGCAGGUGUCAACAUGCGACUGGACGAGGGCGCUUACAGGGAGUCUGACCGACGCAUCCCCUCUCCAACUCCGCAGAGCCAUUGGCAUUCGACAGCCGAAUGGGCCUUCGUACUGAACGGCACGUUCCGCAUCGCUUCAAUAGACGAUGAAGGCAGGAAUAUCGUCGCUGACGUCGGGCCAGGUGACCUUUGGUACUUUCCUGCUGGCAGCCCUCACACCAUCCAAGGCAUUUCUGCCGGAGGAGGAGAGUUCUUGCUGAUAUUUGAUGACGGGCACUUCAGCGAGGACAGCACCUUGCUCCUGACCGAUUUCACCGCACACAUUCCUCGCGAGGUUUUGGUCAAGAAUUUUCCAGGUCUCUCCAAUGACGACUUCAACAACGCACCGGGAUCUUCCCUGUACAUUUUCCCUUCUGAUUCACCAGCGUCGAACGACACUCAGCAAGUCGAGUCGCCUCAGGGAGAGGUGCCUGAUAGUUUCACUUACAACUUCUCUGAACAAAAGCCUAUCGACCUCCCUGGAGGCAGCGUCAAAGUGGUGGAUUCCAGGAAUUUCAAGGCAAGCAAGACAAUCGCUGCUGUUGAGGUGACAAUUGAGCCCGGUGCGAUGCGCGAGUUGCAUUGGCACAAACAGCAAGAAUGGAUUUACGUGAUUUCAGGCCACAUGAGGGUCACCGUCUUCAGUGGCCAGUCCAAUGCUCGCACGUACAACUUUGGACCUGGAGACACUGGAGCCUGGCAAGCACAGAAUGGACACUACGUUGAAGCGCUUGGAGACGAACCGGUCAAGUAUCUGGAGGUCUUCAAGUCGGCCCGAUACAGCGACUUUUCCCUUUCCCAAUGGCUUGCCCUGACGCCACCUGCCGCGGUCAAGGCCCAUCUCGGCUUCUCGGACGAAGCUUUAAAGACAUUGUACAAGAACUUUGCGAAGAGUGACCAUCAAGUGGUCAAGCGAGAUGGUCCCAAGAGGAUGCCGGGUGGAAAGCGCAGCUUCGACUAA